AUGCCUUUGCUGAAGAAGAAGCCUUUUCCACUCUUGUCACCACCCGAAUGCGACCUUGAACGCAAGGAAUCCAGAGAUCGUCAAGUCUGGGUCUCUUCAAUCACCGGUGAAAUAUUCACCAUGUACCCAGCCUAUCUUGAACGCACGAUCCUCUAUAAGCGCCCAAUUUGGCAGUGUGAAAUGACUGGCCGUGUGGGUCUCACCUUUGCAGAAGCGUUGGAAAGUGAACGAAUCGAGAAAGGUCGCGUCAAGGAUAAAUUACCCGAGGAACUGCAGAAGCGUGUAUUGGAGCGUGCUCAAUUUCAGACAACGCGGCUUGACAAUGUCGUUGAUGAUGUCUAUGAUUAUUACAUCGAACGCUUUGAUACCGGUGAUCUCGUCACAUGUCGAUGGUCUGAUGGUGUAAAGUACAACGCACGAGUUCUCAAAGUUAUUCCAAAAGAUGAGGAUGACAUGGACGAGAUAUCCGAUGAAUUGGCAAAGGCAUUGAAGAAGGCAGAUGAGGCUGGCAUCGAGCACCCUCGUUUCUUUGUCGAAUUGGUGGACGAUGACCUGACGGGGUUACCCGAAUACAAAGAAAUUGUCAACAAGAAGGACAUAAAACGUGAUCGAUUACAAUUCAGCAAGAAUCUGCUUAAAAAGUUCCUGAGAGAUUGCUUGACAAGAGAAUCGUAUACCGGAUCGCCUUACACUGUGAAGAAACCAAUUGCAGAGAAAUAUGGUAUCGACACCACAUUGCCAACAGAGUUACAGAAUAUCAAGAAUCGUGUGGAAGCCAAACGACGUCCUGCAUUAUCGGAUGGCCGUAAAGCCAAAGUGUCGGAUGCACGUAAAAUCGAAUCAUCUUUGCGCUAUCCUAUUGAAGAUCUUGAUUUGCCAUUGUAUCGUCGUCAACCUACCGGCGAAGGCCCAAUCAUUGACAUGGCUCCUGGCAAGCGUCACGCCAACAUCACUGUACCCAAUCCAACAGGUGGAAUGCCAACCUAUCCUGACAGCAAAACGCUUGAAUCGAUUCCUGCCGAAUGCAUCAGCCCUUUUCUUAUGGUCUACUCUUUUCUCAUGGUGUUCGCUCGCAAGUUGGGUUUAUAUCCAUUUUCUCUUGACGACUUUGAAAACGCACUACGACAUUCAUCACGUGAUAUCAAAUCCCAGAUCUUGAUCGAGAGCAAUGUAUGCCUUUUGAACGCGAUCAUCAAUGAAAGGAGGAAGCCACGUGGUAGCAGCAGCCAAAGCAGCUUAAGCGGUGCAUCAGCAGGAACCAGUUUUGGAACAUACAUCACACGACCCUCUACACCAACACCCAGCCUUAGUCGAUCCCAUUCCAGUGAAGAUGAUGUGCCAGAAAAUCAAUCGCCUGCAAACGCCGAAUCACGUGAUAAGGAGGAUGAAGAAGAGGAUCGUAAAGUACCUGUGGGAAUUACUUGGGGUCGUCCUGAAAUCUACCAAGUUGGCUCAGGGUGGGAUGCACGUGCCAUUCCAGUGGGUGAUGAUCGUGAAGGUUGGGAGGAUGUUCUCGUUGGCUGUAUCCAUGAUAUCGCUCCACCAGAACUGGGUGCUGAUAUUGACAGAAUCUUUAUGCAAUUGGUCCCAAGAAGUGGCACAACACUCGCAGACAGAGAAGAAGCCUAUUUACAUCUCAGCCUGAAGGACAAGGUGUUGCUGAUGGAAUUACUUAUCAAUGUUGUCAACGAGUGCUCAUUCAUCAGAGAAUACAUGGAUAUUUGCCAGGAGCAAAUGACUGAAUUACGGAAGCAAAAGAUCGAGAUUGGACGUGAACGUAAACGGAUUAACGCUGAACGACAAGAAUUGGAACGCCGAAUUGAAGAGGAAGAUGGCAAUGGAAAUAGCCCCAGUGCCAAUGGAACCAAUAAGGAUGAUGGCAGUGAUGAUGGGGAGAGUGAAGAAGCUAGCAUUGCUUCUACUGAUCGAGCAGACACACCUUUCUCUGAUGAAGGAUCCACUCCCCCGGUACAAGAGACUCGACAACUUUCGCGACAAGCUAUAUUGAAACGCAAGCAAAUCGAGCGAGAGGAGCGAGAGGCAAAGAGGGUCAAAUUGCUUCAUCAGCAACGUGAGCAGGCAAGGAUGAGAAGCAAGGAGCUCAAAGCACGCAAUACCAUUCGAAGGCAACUGGAUGAAGAUGAAAGACAGCUGCUCAAGAAGGAGGAGCAGGUAGAACAGAAUAUGCGUAAAUACGACAUCCUGCGGAUGAAACCACUUGGCCGCGACAAGUUUUUCAACCGUUACUUUUAUCUUGACAAUAUCGGUGGAGCGAAUGCUCAUGGCACGGGCCGUCUUUUCGUUCAAAGCCCCACCAGUACCGAUAUCACAGUUUUACGUUCUCGAGAUGAUCCAUUGGAUGCCACUGAAGAGAAACAGAAUACCAACAAACCUGCUGGACACGGUGGUGGUCUUCAAUUUGUGGGACAAUUGAUGCGGGCGCAAGGUCUCGACAAAGAAGCUGAUUUCUUGGAAAGCCGCAUCAAAGAUAUGAGUGGUCUCAAUAAUACGGAUGCUGCAACGACAAACAACUACUCCGAGUGGUGGAAAUGUUUUGAUGAUCCAGAGGACAUUGAAAAAUUGCUGGCUUGGCUCAAUCCUAAAGGUGUUCGUGAACACAAGCUUCGAAAAGAAAUCGAAAAGAACAUGCACACAAUGGUGAAUGGAAUGAAAAAGAGAUCAUCUGAACAAAAUGCUCCCAAACUACAAGUCCCCACAACGCGCAGUACACGUAGUAGAUCAUCACCAGCUGCACCACCAGGAACUUGGCUUGCAUAUGUGAACAAAUUCCAAAAGUAA